AUAGGCAAGUCAGCUCGAAUCAGUUGAUACGGAUUCGUCUGACGAGUGAACCGGUCAAUGAGUCUUGCUUCUGGAAAUCGCUCUUAUCGCAGCUUUCAUGGUCGGUGAAACUUCAGAUUGUGAGGGACAUUGAUAGUGGCCAGCAAAAGUCCAGCAUGGUGAUGCUGGUCACCUAGAAUGUCCGCUGCGCCCCGGAGGAGACUCGCUUGUCGCCUAUGUACCCGUCGCAAGGUCAAGUGCGACAAGCAGAUUCCAUGUAAUAAUUGCAUGAAGAGAGGAACUCCAGCGGUUUGUGAACGUGACGAGCCUGACGAUCUGAAUGCUCAGAGCACCCUACCCACUGCUCAACACCAGAUUGAGGACACAUCAGCUGUCAAUGUCCUUCGUAAUCGUGUCGCCGAACUGGAAGCCGCCCUACAACAACAAAACGAAGAGGGUGUCGCAUCAAAGUCCCAAACGCCAACAACAGGACAGGCUGCGAGGAACGCGGUCGUGCAGGUUCAAUCUUCAUCGCCGAGUCAAGGCUCGGAAAUUGAAGAUGCAGUCACGGUUCUGGAGUUUCUGGCCUGGGGCCGCAUGAAGGAUCCAGAGCGAGCAAUGUUAUCGCCAGAAGCUCUUAGAGUCUCCGAGCAUGAAGAGGGUGUCGGCAUCAGGCCGUCGGAGGAGCUUGACCACGCUCUGGACCUCGACAUCAGUCUACACGCGUGGCUGCAAAUCCUGCUCCCUUCCAAACGACAGAUACACAAUCUUGUUGAGUAUCACAACAACUGUAUGCUGUGGUUUCAUGGCUCAUACUUCGCGCCAACGCUUUCACAAGAACUAGACUCAUUCUACGCUGAUCACCGGGGUAAAUUCGACUCGAAUGGGGUUACCCUACAAUGGAUAGCACUAUUGUUCUCAGUCAUGGCGGGAACAAUUACCUCCGCGCCGGCGCACGAGGCCAGAAAAUGGGGGUUCGACGAGAGCGAGGCAAGGCUUUUAUCUCAGAAGUGGUAUAAAGCCGUCAUUGUCUCCUUGAAUUCUGCCAUUUUCAUGGCCGACCACAGCCUACAUGCCGUACAAGCAAUCACGACCCUGACGAAUACUGCCCACAUGUUAGGACACUCGAAUGCUCAGUCCGUCAUGCUAGCGUCCGCCGUUCGCAUCGCACAGAGCCUCGGCUUGCAUAGGCUGGACGAGGAUGCCCGUGGUACGGACAUUGAGCUGGAGUCGGGUCGUCGUGCAUGGCAGGAACUAUGCACUCAAGACUGGUUCAGCACCUCCUUCUCUGAGUCGUACUCGAUCAAUCCUCUACACUCGACGUCUGUCGCGCCAAAGAACUGUGACGACGACAUGAACGUGUUGACCGAGUCGGAACCGACCAUCACCAGCUUCUGCAGGUUCUUAGCCAAGAUUGCUGCAAUCAUGCCUGCGCUGCAGGAUGCAAUGGCGUUGUCCAACACACUCUACACUAAGCAUGAAGCUGUCUUAGUCCACGACAAGAAGAUGCGAUCCUUGGCCACCGGGAGGCCCUCCUUCCUUGCGAACACGGCCUUUGAUGAGAGUUGGCCGUGCUACAUUCCAUGGGCACGACGAGCUAUUGCAAUGAGUUCCGCCCAUAAGAUCAUCAUGAUCCACAGGAAAUUUCUCGGACUCGGUUUUACGAAUCCUGUGUUCGCCUUCACACGUCGAACCUGCCUGGCGGCAUCGAAAACAAUACUGAAAGAGUACCUGGCGAGCAGCAGGGAUGAAUCUAGUCCGAUGCUUUGGACUCACCAGGCAUUCUCGGUAGCAGCUUGCAUUAUCAUAUGCUUUGACAUGCUUCAUUCGUCGUCUACUAGUCAGGAUGAGUCACAGCUGGUAGAUGAAACAAUAGGACAUUUACAAUCCUGCCGACAAAAGAGCAUGAUAGCAGCUCGUGGCGUCAAAGUCUUACAUGCGCUGCAGAAGCAGAUAAAUAACAGGUUAGAAAGUCGAAAGAGGUCGAGUAAUGCUGCCAGAGGCGACAACCCAAGAAAACGACGUCGGGGUUUUGACGCUGUUGAAUUUGCUCGAUCUUUCUCCGAUGCUCAGAAUCGCCCUACAUUGCUUCCUGAAAGCAUCACGGACCACCAGACUCCACCCGAAGAUCUGGAGCCUGUGUCGCAACGGAUUGACGGUAAUCCGCAAGCAUUCGAUGUCGAAGAGCCGCUCAAUAUUCCGGCAGAUCUGAAUUGGUUGUGGAGCAUGCCACUUGACGAUGAAGAUGGUACUCAAACAUUUGACAGCCUGCUUUCUUUCGCGAAUCAAGGUCUGGGACUAUAGAUCUAGGGCGUUUUGACUAAGGCAUACAUUCGAC